AUGAGCGAAAAGAAAACCAAUGAAGAACGCCAAAAGGAAGUCGACCGUCAACUCGAAUUGAUGAAGGCUGCCAUUGGCGAUGACAACUUUAGUGAUUCCGACAGUGACAGCGAUGACAGUGAAGAACUGAAGGAACGCACGAACAAGAACGCGGCCAUGGAAUCCGCUCGGAAAUUCUUGUGGGACGAAGCGGACGAUGACGAUGAAGUCUUGUUGGGAGGUCCCUUUCCCAAGGCUGCUCCUGCUCCUGCCACUAAAUCUACUGCUAUUGAGAGUGGAAGUGGAGGCCGCGGAAUGUUUGGAGCUUCCCUCUUUGGAAGAGGAGUAGAGGAAGAUGGUUUGGAUCACAACAUUAACCUCAUGGAUGCCAGUGAAGCUCAUGCUGCUGGAAAGCGUUCCAGCAACAACAAUAGCAGAGGUCGUCAAUCGCUUUCCAAUCUGUUCUUGAGGGGCAGUCCAGCGGUGGCCGCCUCUUGGAACGAUGCCAAUGCUCGGGAUUCCGAAGAGUUUAUCCAAGAGAGUUCCAAACGUCGUUCGUAUCUAGCAUGCUUGGGAUGGACCUUCAUGUGGUUGCUUACCCUAAGUCUCUUUGGUGUCUUUGGAUAUUACGUCUACGACUUUGUCCAAAGUUUGAAGCCCGCGCCUUCCGCAGUCAGUAUUGAUCACACCAGUCCUACCGAUGCCGCCAUUCAACAAGCUCUGUUGGACGCAGCCGUGAUUACCCAAACGCAAAUUGAUGACCCUAAUUCUCCUCAAAACGCCGCCUUGAAAUGGAUCACCAAGGAUGGUACCCUCGCCGAAACCGAUGCCUAUUUGACCCAGCGAUAUGCCCUUGCGGUAGUUUACUAUUCCACCCAUGGCCAACAAUGGGCCAACAGCGAUGGAUGGAUGUCUACUUCAGGAUACUGCCAAUGGUACGGAGUCCAAUGUUUAGGGACCGAUACCAUUAUUGAACAAAGCAAUGACAAUGGAGCCGUCUUUGAAUUGAAUUUGUCAAGUAACAAACUCCAAGGUACCAUUCCAACCGAAUUGAGUGCGUUUGAGGAUCUUUUCUUUUUGGACCUUCAAGACAAUGCAUUGGAAGGUACCAUUCCUAAUGAAUUGGGUGGAUGGACCGGACUUCGCAUGUUUUCGAUUGCUCACAAUGACUUGUACGGAAGCAUUCCUUCUACUUUACUAAGUACCAGUCCCGACUUGCACGUUUUGAGUGCGGGACACAACAAAUUGUCUGGUUCCUUACCAGACAGUAUGGGAAGGGUCGAAAGUCUUCGCGAGAUUCGUUUGGAAUUCAACGAUUUGGAUGGUACCAUUCCUGAUUCCUUCCAUGCCUUGGAUCGGUUGGAGACGUUGCACUUGGCAGGAAACAAAAUUCAAGGCUCCUUGCCACUUGCAAUCUAUGAUAUGGAUCGCUUGGAGACUUUGUACCUUCAUGAUAACGAGUUGACUGGAGAACUGUCUCCCGACUUUUCCAGAUUGAGUCACUUGGAAUUGUUGACACUUAAUCAUAACCGAUUGGUGGGAACCGUCCCCGAUGUCUUUUCCAAGACUCGCUUUUUGCAAGAAAUGCAUUUGCACAACAAUGAGUUUACGGGUACCAUGCCCAACUCGGUUUGUUCUCUGACUUCCGGAAAAUUGACCUAUCUCAGCGCCACCUGUACCGAGACAAACAAUGUGGGUGAAAUGGGUGUCCAUUGUGAUUGCUGUACCGAGUGCAUGUAA